CCCGCUUCGCUUGGUCCCGCCCUUCUCCUCCAUCAGCACCCGGCACCGACACCGGCACCCAGCCUUCGAGUCAGCCAGCCAGUCCAUCUGCCUGUCUGCAGCAUGUCGAACUUGCGCAAGAGAACCGUUGCCAACCCAGACGAGGGAUCGGCCGUGAGCACCCUGAUCGAGUCGUUCAAGGGCCUGGAUGCCUACGCCAAGCCCCUGGACGACUUCAAGGUCAAGACGAGUUCGGGCGCAUCCAUCACCCUGGUCUCGGCCUUCUUCAUUGUGCUGCUGCUCAUUUCGGAGUUUGUCGACUGGCGCUCGGUCAAGCUCCAGCCCCACAUCGACGUCGACAAAGCUCGGAACGAAAAGAUGACCAUCAACAUGAACAUCACCUUUCCGCACAUCCCUUGCUUUCUGCUGAGUCUCGAUGUCAUGGAUAUUGCGGGAGAGCACCAGAACGACGUCUCGCACAACGUCUACAAGGUGCGCUUGUCCCCAGAUGGAAGCGUCAUCAACAAAUCGAAAGGAGUGGUGGGCGAGCACGAUGGUGGCAACCCUGCGCCCAAGGACCCGAACUAUUGUGGAAGCUGCUACGGCGGCAUUGCAGACAACGAGAAGGGCUGCUGCAACACUUGCGACGACGUGCGACGGGCCUACGAGGCCCGAGGCUGGACCCUGAGCAAUCCCGACGCAAUCGAGCAGUGUGUCAACGAGCAUUACUCGGAAAAGAUCAAGGAGCAGUCCAUCGAGGGAUGCAACGUCCACGGCCAUAUCGAGGUCAACAAAGUCCCUGGAAACGUGCACUUUGCCCCGGGCCGUCCCCUGACACAGGCCCGGAUGCACGUUCACGACUUGAGCCAGUACUCUGUCAACGAGAACUUCAACUUUGGACACAUUAUCCACUCGCUGUCGUUCGGAGAAGAGAUCCACUACCUCAAGAACCCCCUGGACAACACCUCCAAGCUGGUGUCGCACAGCCACUACACUUUCCAGUACUUUGUCAAGGUUGUCAGCACCAAGUUUGAGCUCAAGAAUGGCUCCAAGAUCGCCACAAACCAGUUUUCGAUCACCGAAAACGAUAUGGACACCACCGCCAAGGCUGGCAUGCCUCAGCAGGGCUAUCUCCCCGGCGUCUUCUUCAACUACGACAUCUCGCCAAUGCUGAUCACCUAUGUCGAGUACCAAAAGCCAUUUGCACACUUCCUGACGGACGUGUGCGCGAUCGUCGGCGGAAUCUUCACCGUCGCCGGCAUCGUCGACUCGUUUGUCUACAAGGCAGAAAAAUCGUUCAAGCGCAAGGUCGAGCUGGGCAAGGGCUCGUAAACCCUCAGAACGGAGCGGAAGAGCAGAAAACAAAAGCAGAGAAAGGAAGGGGGGGGACAGAGAUCCAGAGCCAAACUGAAUGCCCAAUGGCUAAACGAAAGGAGUGGGAGGAAAUGCAUACACUUUUUUGUUGUUGUGGGUCCCACACGGCAGCAACACCCAUGUUGCUGUCCAGGAUCGCACAGCCCCCAUAGAGCGUGGCAGCUUGCAUCAGAAGAAUACACUAUAUUCAGAAAAAA